UUCCUCUCAUUUACCGACAUAGCAUUGCACGUGCUGACAGUGCGGGUGAGUGGCCAAUAUAUGCUGAGUAAAACACAGGGCCGUAUCCUUGUGCGGCAGACAUGUCAUGCACUCUGUCUAUGCACAGAAUAUGAUAUGCGUGACGUUCUAGGCCUUCCGUCUUUCUUUUUUUUUCUAGCUUAACUUUUGUUUACAUUUCUUCGUCGCUGGAGUUUACUGAUAAUGUUUCUAGGAUAGCCGGACGUGUUGGGGUCUAUUUUCUCGGAAUAGCAUUACUUAUGCUCCAGUCACAAUAUCCACUUCCAUCUCUUUUACAGCACCGUCGCAGACACGCUGAACAACUACUACUUGCUUCCAUUCUACCACGGAGUCUGCUACUUCUCCGGUUGCAUCACCCUGAUUUUCGUACAGAGGUACGGCAAGGCGAAGAUUUCUAAGAUUAUACAAGCUUCGCUUUGGUGCAUCUCCCUGUUCUGUGGCCUGUACUGCAUGUUCAUGAAAAUCGAGUGGUACCGAAGCUACCAACGGCCGACAGAAACCAGACGUUUGUUCGUUGCCUUCACUGACCGCAUCCUGUGGUCCAUUUGCCUCGCCUGGUUCGUCUUCGCUUGCGCCACUGGCAGAGGAGGAUUUGUCAACCGCUUCUUGUCCUGGGGUGCGUUCGUGCCUCUGAGUCGGUUGUCGUUCGGCGUGUACCUCGUCCACUCCCCCAUUUUUACGCUGAUCUACUACACCUCCAGAGAGCGCAUCUUCUUUUCACACUUCACGCUGGUGUCCCAGUGCUUCUCCGUCGUGACUUGGAGUUACAUCUUGAGCUACUUCCUCUUUAUCUCCUGCGAAGGGCCAACGGCGACACUCGAGAAGUUAGCCUUCAUGCCUCAGCUACAAAAACAAGGCUCGCGGUCAAACGAAGUUAAAAGUGAAGUACAGAAGAACGGCGUCAACAGCAUUGCCAAGAGCGUACCUGUCGACCUCAUAGAGCAUAACACGUCCAAGAAAUGCCUCAACGGAAAUUCGCUGGAAGCAGGAGUCGGCUUCGUCGAAAGCAGCAGUAACGAGUGUUGCCGUUUAUAACGGCGUCGGCUCCGAGCAUGCUCUCUUCUUCAGUGUUUGCAAAGCGCCACGUUUUACUGAGGCGUUUGUGUACAGCCGCUCUACCUGCGCCUACCGGGAAGGGGCAAGCCAUCUCAGAAAAAGGAAACUCGCGAAGGAAUGUGUCCCCAUCCCAUUGUGCACAUGUUGAACAUUUUACAAGAAGGAUGAAUACGCUGUGUAAAUAGCCUUCCAACGUGCUUAGACCUCUCUGGGGAGCCGUGACGAACGAAGGGUAAACGAGGUUUUCAUUGAGAUCUACAGAUAUUAUACUACACAGUCAUCCUAUUCACUCCAUACACGCGUCCCUCCUGCUGCAUACGUGCGAUAUAUCAGGGGGAAUCAUCAGCACUCGAAGUGUUCUCACAUACUCUUCUGGUUCCAAGUGAGCUUCAAGUCUUCUAGAAAUGCAGGUAUUAUGCAGUCACUGUACAUGCAGCUGCGGUUCUGUUACUGACACCAGAAACAAUAUUUCGCUCACUGUGACUACACCAUGCUGACAGGAUGCCUACGCGCAUGGCUAAGGCUGUGCUCACAUUAAAUACGCAGUCUGGGCUCAAUUUGGGCAAGCACUUGACACUGCCUGCUCAAACCUACAGGUUGUUUAUUGCUGUUGAACCGCGGAAUACAAUGUCCCAUUUAGGGAUAACGGGAUGCACUGGAACAGUUCUAAAUUAAGUGGGUGUUCAAAAA